UAUGUGACUAGUCAUUCUGCGGAUGAUGUAAAUACGAUUUAAAUGUAGAAAUCAAUGGAGGGACAAGUCUGUUCUUGUUAUGUAUAACAUAAACACACACGCACACACCCCACUCAUAUGAUAGUAAUUACCUCGCUAUUGUGUGGGGGCGUGGCACCAGAGACGAGAGCCAGUCGCUUUCGAAGUGUCAGCCCACAAUGUGACUGACAGCUAUUUUCACCAAUUGAUCUACUGGACAAACGGAAAAUACCCAAUCAGAUUGAUGCCUCGUGGAUGUGUCUUCAAUGGAUUUUCCAAGCGAAAACAUCCACUGGACUCUAUAAAAGUUGACAUCAGAGUCAAAGUUAAGCCUAGUAAUCUUCAGUGGCAGUGGAGACCAGUCUUCAAGCAUAAUCGAAUAAACGGGUUUGUUGAAAAACAUUGGGUCAGAACAAUAAGGGCGGAUUCGUCAUUUGGAUGCAGGGGAAACCGAAGUGCGCGGUCUGUUAAUGCGAAUGACUUUUUGAUCAAGAUUUAUUGACAGGCAUUGGCUCCACUUCCCCUAAUUGGGUUAUGUUUGCCAAGGCAACAGCAAACUUUGUACGCCAGAUCGAUCCGGACGGAACCCUGAUCAAUGUCUCUCGCCUUAAUGACUCAGACAAGCUGGUUCCCACUGCGCUGGUUGUCAAGCGCAACCGAUUCUGGUUCUGGCAGAGACCCAAAUACCAGCCCUCUGACUUUACCCUUGGUCACCUGCUGCUAGGAGACACACCCCUCUGUCCAGUUGUGUCGGAGUCAGAGUUUCUCACCUACGAGGGGAAGUUUGGGGACACGCUAAGCAGCAAGCUGGAUGCCAAGGCAGGAAACCUCAGUGUGAACCUGGAGGGCCGGGGCACCACUAAGCUCCAAUCAUCAUUCGGUAAACUGAGGAAACAGGAAGUAGACGUUAUGAAACUGCUGCAGGACUCCAACGAAAGGAUGUUGGACAUGCAGCAUGUGCUGGUGCAGCAGAUGGAGAAGAGAGCAGAGGUGUUUGCGGUGCUGAAGGAGAGGAUCCUCACCACCACGGCCUGCAGUAUCACAGAGACACACCAGGGGCAGAGCUCCUGCGCUGGCAUCCUGGAAGUGCUGGGCAACCCUGUGGAGGUGUGUGUGAAGGAGAAUGGCAAUGUUCAGGUGGACAGCGACGUUGCAUUAGAGAUUCCCCCUCACACUGUCAUCGCGUACAGCCUCAUAGAGCUGGAGGUCAAGAAGAGUGGGAACUAUGAGCUUUGUUUACAGCCAGAUACUCUUGGAGGGUUUGAGGCAGACUCUGCGAGGUCCUCUCCAUCCCAGGCUUCUAUUGACACUCUCUGCAUGGUGGACGGAGGACAGGGGAUGGAGGAUAUGACUGUUGGGAGAGCUGCGCUUAGCUCGCUGCAGAAAGACUUACUGAGUUUGGACGUCCAUCUGCGUCCGUUCCUGGCGCUACCAGAGAACACUCGGUCUGCACUGUACCAGAGGCUCUGUGAGGUCAUGAUGGACAGAACUACACUCACAGAUCUAGAACAGUUGCUGGAUGGCUGGUGUAGAGAUGAGAUACAUGAGGUUCCAGUUCGAUGGAACAAGUCUGCCCGCACCCUAGUGGACCUUCUACGCCAAGGUGUAGCCUAUCAAACUCCGAAUACCAUUUCGAGCCUGCCCCCUCUCCUGAUCGCCGCCCACCUGCUGGUCAGCGCCUUGGAGGCUUUGCCUGAUGAUUCUCUAAGUCUUCUGGUAGAAUGUAGCCAUGACGACUUGGAAGCGCUCAAUACCUUGGUGACCAGGCUGAAGAUGAACCGUCAGGCCCUCCCACACGAGUCCUCGCUCCUCCUCCGGCACAAUGACACAGAAGAACACUGGGCAGAACAGCUCAGCUCGUCAUGUGUGAUACUGAGGAAAGAGAUUGACGGCCUGUGGGCAGAUAUACAAAGUCAACCAGGAAGUCUUCCAUUGGUCCUGUGUGUUUCUGUGCACGGACUUACUUCUCUGGGUGCUGGGAGGAUAUGCAAAGACUCCUGGAUUUUUAUUGAAGACAUGGACACGUUUGCUGAGGCAACCAAGAGGUUUGUUCAUCAAGUGAAAGGGGAUUUCAUUCCCAACACUGUAUUCCACGACUCCAACAAACUGUUGCAUCCCACUAGACUGGUUGUCAAGAUCAAGCCUAGAUUUCGAUUUCAGAAGCCUAAAUACUGUGUGUCAGACUUUACACUGGAAGACCUUCUAGGAGAUCUACCAUAUCAAGCAGAGAUUAAAACAAGCAUCUUUAUGCAUGACUAUGUCCUUGAACUUGAGAAGAACCAGAAAGGUAAUGUGGGUGGAGGCGUAUCGCAGUGUGGUGGGAAAGUGGAGGGGCGAGGGAGCAUCAAACUCCAAACUACAUUCGGUAAACUAGACCGAAUGGAAUUGAUCAAUUUCAUGAAUUUAAAGACUGCCAUUAAAAGGAAAACAAUGAUUCGUGACCCGGAGCUGAAGAAGAAUGAGAAGUUGGUUAUUGUGAAGGAGAGGGUAGUGACAAACAGCUCAUUCUCUAUCAACUGCUCUGACGAGGUGGACGCCUCGAUUACUGGAACAGUAAAUAUCCAAUGGUUGAAGAUGCUUAUAGCUGGAGGUCAUUUAAGGAAAGACAAUACAUCCAUGAAGCUUCCUGAAAAGACUGUCCUUGCCUACACAGUCAAAGAGCUCAUUGAGCUGAACGUCAAGGAUGAUGACGAGUUAGAGGCGGAUUGUGGAACCUUAUCUGCAGAAUUAAUAUCCAAUAAGUCCAUUAAUUGCCUAGCCAAAGUACUGGAAGCCUUACCAGAUUUUGAGGGGGAUCUUCAGCCCUUAGCUAGUCUUCCAAAGCAGACCAAAUCAUCUCUGUUCGGGGAGCUUCGUGGAAUUCUAAAAGACAGGCCAACCUUUCAAAGGUUUAUAGAAGACACGGUUGAGGACUGGAGGCAGAGUGGGAUCCGAGAUGAAUCCGUCGGCACCCUUUUGGAUCAUCUUCCUACGGAACCCAUGGAAUGUUCUUAUGUUGCCACCGAGUUACUGGUCAGCGUCUUAGAUGCUUUGCCAAAUUGGGCUUUAAAUAUGCUGGCCAACUGCAGUUCCAGUGAACUUCAAACUCUCAACAAACUGGUGGAGGCUCUGAAGACCAAUCACAGCAAUCCCCUGCCUUCUGAGACACUGCCACCCAAACUGCAAGAGGGCGGGGAAUAUAACUGGGCCACACAACUGCUCUGCUCAGCCAGUGAAAAUCUACAUGAUGAUGGAAACCUGUUUCUUGAGACAGGAAUCCAACCAGGCGGGCUGCUAUUGGUCCUGUGCAUUGCAGUUCAAGGGCUCACAUUUUUGGGAGUUAGUGUAUGAUAGGUGUGGAGGUCAAGGCUGCAUAAUAGGCCAGAAUAGUCUUAACACAGACCAUAAGUGUGUUGGCAAAUGUCCACCGAGCCCCCCCCCUCCUACAUUUCCAAAGCAGUAUGCAUGCCAGUGCCUUGUUGUAUUUUUGUAUUUUAUUACGUUAUUACAGGAAUGACAUUCCAGGGAUAUUACAUUAUUAUUACAGGUGAAGGGUUGUGCAGUGAAGAUCAGUUGCAAUAACUACACAUUCUGUUUACCUUUUUUUCUGUUCCUUAACAAAGUGAGCUCUUACAGACCCAUCACAUAAGCCUAUUUCAUAUAUUAUUCACUUGUUAAAUGUGUACUGUCUUUUUAAGAAAAUCAGGCAUUAUAUAUUCUUAUGGCCUUUGGCAGGAAGGACUUCCGAUAAGGAUCCUUGUGCUCUUUGUUACACCGUGGUGUGAUCAGUCUCACCCUCUGCUUUGCUUCACCACAACCAGUUUGUUUACUCUGUUGGCAUCGCCUGCCUUGAUGCUAGUGUUACGACCCCCAGUCUGUGAUGUUCAUGUAUUGUGUAAUUAGCAUACAUAUUAGAAUUAUUAUUUGAACAGUACACUAUUGUACAUCUAGUUAGAUUUCCUUUAUAUAAUCAAAAUGGUCCUUGCAUUUGUAGCCAAUUAACCCAUAACAACCAUGUGUUUGUCUUGUACAUGUCUUCUACUUUCCCUCUGCCAUCUGUCCCAUAGGUGGAGGAUCUGAAGACCAAUCACAGCAACCCCCCUGCCUUCUGAGACACUGCCCCCCAAACUGCAAGAGGGCGGGGAAUAUAACUGGGCCACACAACUGCUCUGCUCAGCCAGUGAAAAUCUACAUGAUGAUGGAAACCUGUUUCUUGAGACAGGAAUCCAACCAGGCGGGCUGCUAUUGGUCCUGUGCAUUGCAGUUCAAGGGCUCACAUUUUUGGGAGUUAGUGUAUGAUAGGUGUGGAGGUCAAGGCUGCAUAAUAGGCCAGAAUAGUCUUAACACAGACCAUAAGUGUGUUGGCAAAUGUCCACCGAGCCCCCCCCUCCUACAUUUCCAAAGCAGUAUGCAUGCCAGUGCCUUGUUGUAUUUUUGUAUUUUAUUACGUUAUUACAGGAAUGACAUUCCAGGGAUAUGAGAUUAUUAUUACAGGUGAAGGGUUGUGCAGUGAAGAUCAGUUGCAAUAACUACACAUUCUGUUUACCUUUUUUUCUGUUCCUUAACAAAGUGAGCUCUUACAGACCCAUCACAUAAGCCUAUUUCAUAUAUUAUGCACUUGUUAAAUGUGUACUGUCUUUUUAAGAAAAUCAGGCAUUAUAUAUUCUUAUGGCCUUUGGCAGGAAGGACUUCCGAUAAGGAUCCUUGUGCUCUUUGUUACACCGUGGUGUGAUCAGUCUCACCCUCUGCUUUGCUUCACCACAACCAGUUUGUUUACUCUGUUGGCAUCGCCUGCCUUGAUGCUAGUGUUACGACCCCCAGUCUGUGACGUUCUGUGUUGCAUUUGUGUGUGUUCCCUGCUGUGCUGUCUGUUCCCCAUAGGUGGCGUGAAUCAAACCAUCAACACCCACGCAUGACUCCUCCUCUCCAUAAUCCGCUUCACCUGGUUCCUGUCAUCAACCAACCCUCCACCAGUAUAUAUUGUGCCACUCUGUGUUUGUUUGGGGGGGGGAAUAAGUCGCUGGCUGUAUUGUGUGUGGGUAAGGCCUACUUUUGUGUUUAGUUGUUUGGAUUCCCCUCUGUGCUGACCAUUGUCCUUUUGACUUGUUUUUCUUUGUCCUGUUGUGUUGAGUUGCUUUGUUUGUAGUGUUGUCCAGAAUGUUUUCUUGUUCUUUUGUUCAGGGGCUGGGGAGUAGUUUAGAGCUUCCCCGGGGUAUACAUCACCCGUAGGAAUUACUUACUGUCUAUAUACACCAGCUAGACCUGGGCAGACCACUGCUGUAUUUUUGGUUAGGACACCUCAUUCGUGUGUCAGUUGCUUUGUGUUUAGCUUUGGGAACUUUAUGUUGAUUUCUUUUCUUUGGUCCUGUCCAGCCCUCCCCUUGUCCCUGUUUAUUAUUUUCCCCAUUACCGUUAUUAUUUACUAUACCGUGGUGGCAAAAAUAAAGCCUUAAUAUUCCAUUGGUACCAUU